GUGAUGGCAGAAGACAAGCCGUGGGCCCUGAUCUCAGAGAAGGUCAAGGAUGUUUACCUGAAAGACUUCGUCAAACUAAUGGCAGAACACUUUCACCUCGUCGACCACAAGGAUCUUCUGCAAAACCCACUGCUGUACGGCCCCAAAAUCCAGGCGGUGUUCGUGUGGUAUUACCCACGCGUGGAGCGGUCGCUGCUCAGGUUACUGCCGUCACUGAAGGUGGUGGCCAACGGAGGGGUGGGCAUCGACCACCUGGACGUGGCGUACAUCAGCAGCCUGGGGGUGAAGGUGGCCAACACGCCCGACGUGGUGAACAACGCCACUGCAGACACUGCCAUGGGUCUGCUCCUGGCAUCAGCUCGCAAGAUUGUAGAGGGUCACAAAGUGGCCACUGACCCAGAGAUCAGCCAUAAACCAUUCCUGAUGGGAGUUGAAGUGUCAGGGUCGACUGUGGGGAUCGUCGGGAUGGGACGCAUCGGAUACAAAGUGGCUCAGAGGAGCAGAGGCUUCGACAUGAAGAUCUUGUAUCACAACAGAAGCAGAAGGAGUGUUGAAGAUGAGGAGGCUGUGGGGGCGACCUACUGCCAGAAGAUCGACGACCUGCUGAGGGAGUCGGACUUCGUGGUGCUAGUGGUGAACCUGACCGCUGAAACAACGGGCCUGAUCGGCCAGAGGGAGCUGUCCCUCAUGAAACCCACAGCAACGCUGGUCAACGUCAGCAGAGGUCUGGUUGUGGACCAGGAUGCUUUAGUCAAAGCUCUGCAGUCUGGAACAAUUGGAGCAGCAGCUUUAGACGUGACGCAUCCUGAGCCUUUACCCAGGGAUCAUCCGCUGCUCCACCUUCCUCAAGUGCUGAUCACGCCGCAUAUCGGCACUAGCACUUAUGAGACAACAAGAAAGAUGGUGGAACGGGCUGUGGAGAAUGCACUGGCAGCAGUGAAAGGCCUUCCUCUCCCUGAUGAAGUCAAACCGAAAUGA